AUGGUCUGCUCUAGAGUCGAGUAUGCAGCCGAGCCCAUCGACGAACUUUUUGGAAUCCACGGAGUGUUCCAUGAUGUCAAGGUAUUUGACACUCUGGAUUGGCUAGCAUUCACGGGCCUGCAAAUUACCACCCUGCCAUGUGACUUCUACCUGGGUGAGCAGCAUAGAAUGCAUCGUGAGUUUGCCAGAAGGUUUGUCACCGCUGGUGCAGACCUACACUACAGAGACUCGCCGGCAAACACUACUUCAGAGUCCUGUGGCGUGUUCCUCGGUGCAAAUCACAUAGGAAGAAUCUAUGUCUGA